AUGCCUAAUUCUGCUUCCAAGCCGUCCAGUGCCUCAAGCCCUAAGUCUUGCUGGCAAUGCGCGAAGAGGCGACUGGUCUGCGAUCUGGGGAAACCGGGAUGCAAGAAGUGCGCUAAUCACGGCGUGGAGUGUCCUGGAUACGAGGCCAAACACCUUCAAUGGAUGCAGCCUGGCCAGACGAGGUCCAAGGGGGCUCGCAAGACCGAGCGACUAAGAUACAGCAGGAAGCCCGCCUCACAAGCGGCGAAAGAUAAGCCGACGACAUUGACCACUGGCAGGACGACGCCUGAGUGCUCGCUUCCGCCGAAAUGUAGUGAUGAUAGUGAAGAGGCCUUGAUUGUCUAUCCAGUGGUCACGGAAAAAAGCACUUUCAGCCUCCUCAUUCAGGCGCUGAAUUAUCACAACAUCAAUAUCUCGCCCGACUUGGUCGCUACUGGCGAUAGUAGUCUGGACAACCCAUUCAUCGUCCCGGCUGGACUCGCAUCUGUAAUCCCUCCAGGGAUAGCCGAAGUGAUUAUAUGCACCGCACUGGGUCACCGCAUGGUUCAGUUUGUCCAGGGUUUCGAGGCUGAUAGAAAUGCUAUGGCUGUGAAGCUUCGCCGUCACCGAGGAGCUGCCAUAAGCGCUGUUGCCAGUGGCCUCUCGCACCACGAGGCGCAGUGGCAUGAUAAGACGCUGAUAUCUGUCGUUCUGCUGCUGCUCAGCGAGCACUCGCUGUCACCAAGCUGGUGGCAACACCUGGACGGAGCCUAUUCCCUGAUUGAUUUGCGGGGAGGGCUGCCGCAUUUGAUUAGUUCCAUGCCACAGUAUAGGCAUUGCUUUCGAUAUUUCUUCCAUAUUGAUGUCUUCGGAGCUACUACAGCGCCUUGUGUCGAUGCACGGAGAGUGCAGCAACAGCUGAGUGUGGUUGGGCAUCUGAAGACUUUGUAUGGGGAUGGUUUACUGACUUCCACUCCGUGCCCGCCUGAGCUGGUCUCAUGCAUUAUUUUCACUAACUAUUUUCGGUCUCAACAACUUUCUCUGAUAUCAUUAUCACUGUCGAGUUGCUUAAUUAGUCUCGAAGAUAGCUACCAUCCUCUCGAACAAGUUCUGGCAUUCGAUCCUCAAGCAUGGGCCUCGAGCCUGUCUCUCCACAAGUUCCAGGGUUCCGAUCCAGAAGACCGGCACAAACACUUGCCUCCUUUUUGGAAUUGGGCACGAAUCGGCCGCAUAUAUCAAUCCGCUGUCGCCCUGUACUGCGUUGAGUCUCUUGGUCCCCCGCCCGGGCUAGGCCAUGCCGAUAUCCGUUCAACCCACCGUGAGAUCUUGCUGCAGGAACUCCGGCAACUCACUAAUGGCUCACGGAACCAGCUUCGAAAACUCGUGAUUUGGCCCAUGGUCAUUGCCGGCCUUGUCCUGGACUCCAACGACCAAUUCUCUCAGGAUUUCGUCACCGGCGAGCUGAAGUGGCUCAGUGCUACGCUUGGCACCGCAGCGCCUCUGAUUGCCAGGGAUCUUCUUCGUGGGCUGUGGCAUUCGUCAGUCUAUUCGGGACGCGGCAGAACUUGGGAAGACUUGUUUGAUCGGCCUUACGUAUUCGCAAUCUAA